UUCCAACAACCCUCAAGCACCAGGUCUCUCUGUCUUUUGGACGAAGGCCAUGGCGUAUGCUCAGAGCCAGUUGACCAAGUUGCAUCGAUCGGUCAAGAGAGGGAGCUAUGACAAGGAACUGGUGGCCAAGAUCCUGGAUGCCGGGGUGGUUGCGCAUGUGGCCUUCGUGGACGCAGAGGGCCACCCCAAGGUGAGUCCGAUGAUCUACGGCCGUGCGGGCGAUGCCCUGUACCUCCAUGGUCACCUGAGCGCUGGGCUCUUGCGGAAUGGUAGCAUUGACGUUUGUUUUUGCAUGACUCUGGAGGAUGGCUUGGUGCUUGCGCGUUCAGGCAUGCACUCCAGCAUGAACUACCGCUGUGUGAUGGUCCACGGCAAGGCCGAGGAGUUGGAGGGCGACGCGAAGUGGAAAGCGCUGGACCUCAUCGUGGACCACUCAGCAGGUGAGGGCUGGGCGUCGCAGCUGCGGCCGAUGACCAGCGCAGAGGUGCAAAGCACGCGAGUUCUGAAGUUGAAGUUGGAGGAUGGGAAGGUCAGUGCAAAGGUCCGCGCGGAAGGUGCAAAUGACGACAAGGAGGACAUUGAGAACCUGAACCUUUGGGCUGGCAUCAUCCCCAUCACCCGCGUCUAUGGCCCGCCGGUGAACAACCACGACUCCUCGUUGAGGCCACCUGAGCAGAUGCUGAGGCGGGAUGAACCGCCAUGCAGGGGGCACCGGAGUUGGCGCUGUUUGGCCCUCCACACUCGAACGGAUGGUAUCCCAAGUAUCGUUCGGGGCGACCGCACUGUGCGAAGGGCACGGAGGGCGAGGGCGCACGGCGCCUGGUGGAAGUGGCCACGAUCUUUGGGCUUGGGCUGGCGCUGGGACUCUGGUCCAAGCGACUUUGGGCGUGAAGCGGGAACAUGCUUAGGCACAAACCCAAAUAUUGGCACAGCUUCUGGGAGAGGAGCUUGAGGCCUCUUUUCCAAAGCAUUUCUUGAAGCCAAGUUGAACUGUAAGUGCUUUGCAGCGGCGAGCGUUCAAAACCCUCACGUACAGUGUACAGCGCCUAUUGGAUUGUCUUUUGUCGAACUUCGCCGAAAUGCCAAAAUCUACGAA